AUGGAUGACGAAGCUCUAAAUGUCCCACUCAAGGUUAGUUACAUCAUCACUAUCAUCUUUAACAGCAUUACUUGCCCCUUUAUUGUCGUUCUUAACAUGUUGGUGAUCAUGGCUGUGAAAAGAAAACCAAGACUACAGAGUUACGCCAACGUCUUACUCGCUUGCCUGGCGGUAACGGAUGCAUUAACUGGUCUCCUUGUCCAGCCAACCUUUAUUAUCUGGGGAAUAUUCCAGCUACUUGGUGGAAUAAAUACUGACAUUGUUCGUCCUCUUCACUUCUUUUUUUUAACGGUAGUUACUUUUUCGUCGGCUCUCCAUUUGAUGUUAGUCACUUGUGAGAGGUUAAUAGCCAUCAAAUAUACCAUGGCAUAUCCUUAUCUCGUAACAGCGCGGAACAUUAAGGUGGCAGUAACAUCGUCUUGGGUUCUUGCUUUAUGUUGUUCAGUCCUUAGAUGGCCAUUACCCAAUCUGUUAUUUAAUGAACGUCUGGGAAGAAACAUUGGCAAGAUGAUUGUAUCAAUCGUCCUGAUUUCUUGCAUUGUUUUCAUGACGACGUCUUACACGAUUUUGUACAAGGAAGCAGCUCAUCAGCAAAGUAAAAUCAAAGCUCAACAACUACCCCAAGAAGAGGUGGAAAGAUUUGUAAAAGAGAGAAAAGCACUUAAGACAACUGUUUAUGUGGUCGGUGCUGUUUUGUUAUGCCUCUCACCUGGGGCCUUAUCAUUUGUGCCUGUUAUAGCGGAACAGGACACUACUUAUUUGGCGCCAUGGUUCCGUAUGAUUGUCAUGUUGAAUUCUCUCCUCAAUCCACUAAUUUACUGUUGGCGACAGAAAGAAAUGAGACAAUUUGUGUUUCGAAUGUCUUCCCCAGCUGUAACAGCUGUAAAUUAG